AGGCGAAUCAAUGCUUGACGACGUCCCCGUCCUGUAGCUACACCAGCAGGAUUAUGUGAGUGUGUGUGUUGAGGUUUACUUUAUUGUGUCAGGAUGGAUCGAGCGUUCACACUGAUUCUGAUGGGCUGCUUUCUCAUCUCUGUCUCUUCAGCUCCUGUUAAAAAGACACAAAAUGUGGAUAUUUACAGUUUCCACAUUAGCUCUACUGUGACCAGCCGCUACGCCACCACAACCAUCACGAGCCGCGUGGCAAACAAACUGAAUAAAUCUCAAGAGAUCCUGUUUGAGGUGAAGAUACCCAAGAAUGCCUUCAUCAGCAAAUUCAGAAUGAUAAUAGAAGGAAAGAGUUAUGAUGGAGUUGUGAAGGAGAAAGCAGAAGCUCAGCAGCAGUACACUCAAGCAGUAUCACGAGGACAAAGUGCUGGACUCAUCAAGUCUGUUGGAAGGACUUUAGAAGAGUUUAAAACAUCAGUGACGGUGGCCGCUCUCAGUAAAGUCACAUUUGAGUUGACCUACGAGGAACUGCUGAAGCGUCGCCUCGGCAAAUAUGAGCUGCUCAUCAAUGCCCAACCCAUGCAGACAGUCGCAGAUUUCAAGAUGGACGUUCACAUUCAUGAGAAAACAGGAAUUUCCUUCUUGGAGGUGAAAGGAGAUCUGAGCACCGAUGAUCUGGCCAAUGCCAUCAAAACAACCAGAGCAGACAAAGAUGCAUGGGUGACCUUCUACCCCACUCGAGACCAGCAGACCAAAUGUAAAACUUGUGAUGAAACUGGACUGAACGGAGAUCUGCUCAUCACAUAUGAUGUCCAGAGACAAAAUCCUAACGGAGAAAUGACCGUGUCAAAUGGGUAUUUUGUCCACUCCUUUGCACCCUCGGAUGUUUCACGCAUCCCCAAAAAUGUGGUGUUUAUCAUUGACCGAAGUGGCUCUAUGCACGGCAGAAAAAUGGAGCAGACUCGCUCGGCACUGCUGAGGAUUUUGAGUGAUCUUGGUGAGAACGACCACUUUGGACUGAUCACCUUUGACAGUAAAAUUGAUUUGUGGAAGCGUGAACUUCUCAAAGCCACCCAAGCAAACCUGGAGGAUGCGAAAGCUUUCGCGAAGAAGAUCACAGAUAGAGGAGCUACGGACAUAAAUGCUGCAGUGCUAGAAGGAGUGAACAUGAUCAAACAGCAUCCACGAGAGGGAACUACCUCAAUCCUGAUCCUUCUGACUGAUGGAGAUCCAACAUCAGGUGAGACCAACAAGGAGAAGAUUACAGGGAAUGUGAAAGAGGCCAUCGGGUCCAAGUUUCCGCUCUAUUGUCUUGGUUUUGGAUAUGAUGUGAAUUUUGACUUCCUUUCAAAAAUGUCGCUGGAAAAUAACGGAGUUGCUCGCAGAAUUUAUGAGGAUUCUGAUGCCGAUCUGCAGCUGCAGGGCUUCUACGAUGAAGUUGCCGUCCCGCUCCUGACUGAUAUUCAGCUCAAUUACAUCGGAGUGUCAAAUCUCACCCAGACCAGUUUUAACUUGUACUUCAACGGCUCUGAAAUUGUGGUGUCGGGUCAAAUCACAGACAACAGUGUGGAGAGCGUCACCACUGAGAUCAUCGCGAUAUCUAAAGGCAGUAAGGUGACGUAUCGUGACACUGUAACGGCAAAAGAUGUAAGUGAUGUCCAACCUGAACAUGAACAUUUCCUGGAAAGACUGUGGGCCUACCUCACAGUAAAGCAACUUCUGGACAGACAGGUUCUUCUCAAAGGUCCAGAAAAAGAGGCUGCAAAGAAAGAAGCUCUCAAUCUGUCCCUCAAAUAUCAGUUCGUCACACCUCUCAGCUCUAUGGUUGUUACCAAACCACAGGAAGAUCAAGCUGAAGUUGCCGACAAACCCAGAGAGGGAGAAGCACCACACAGACCUACAGCACACAGACCUGCUUCACCUGGGUGUUAUUAUCUGAUGCUGGAUUGAAACCAUUUGAUCCUCAAAUGGGUCCUGUAUUAUAUGGUCAUUUGAGUCCUGGAUUAAUUGGUCAAAUGCGUCCUGGAUUACACGGUGAAAG